UCAUCUGUCAGUUAAACGUCAGGGAAAAUGUCACAAACGUCAUUAAAAUCAACAAUGUUUGUUUUUGUGGCUUUUGAGGUUUUUGGCUUGUCGUUUUUGCCGUUGAUAAAGACUAUACUUUAUCGUUAAAGUUUCGAAUGAUUUUUGGUGCAUCACAUCCACGAACGAUCGAUCAUUUGAAAUUUCUUGUGAAAGUGCUUAUUGUUACAAAUAUAAAAAUAACGUGACCAUGACUGCUCAUGUGCAUUGUUACAAUUAAUUCCAAGUUCUAAUUAAAGCGUGAUUAGAAAAAAAUGGGUGACAGUUUAACCGAAUGCAUGGAGAUUUUCUCCCAGGAUGGGGUGCAGCUCAAAACAGCACAGGCGUCUUUCGUCAACUAUUUGAACCUUGUGGGCACGUUAUAUAUCACCGAAUAUGCAAAUUCCAACUGCAGGAGGUGUCUCGAGUGGAAGCCCAAUGAUGUAACUGUGGACUCAGACGUCCAGGACCAGGAAUGGGCUGUUGUUAACACUGUCCAGAAAAGAUCGAGGACCUACAGUGAAAGCCUCCCACCAGACUCAACAAUUAAGCCCAAACUGUUGAAAGUCAAUUUCGUUGAUAUUAAAAGCUUCAAAACUUCGAAUAAAAACCGUCAAUUGACUUUGUUUGAUGGCAAAUCGGAAAUUAUGUGUUGUUUCAUGUUCCAACACGGGAAUUGUGAUUAUUUAAUUACGGUUUUGAGAGGAAUGCUCAAAACAAUACCUGCCAAAAGAGACAAGCAUCUUUUUAUUGUUAUACAUGACGAGAGUCUUGAAGCAGCACAGCUGGACAAGUCUUUCGCUGAGUUAAAUAUCUUUCAAGACCCUCCACCCACGCUGUGGAAGCUUGUGAAAAGUUUCCAUGAUAGGCCGUACGAAACCACACUAGAGACUUUUGCCAAAGUCACCGAUUAUGUUUACAGAAGUCCAGAACAAAGAGAUAUCGACGACGAUCAAAGAGAACUGUUGCAUCGAAGUCUUACCGAGUAUGCAAGUUCGCAUUCUCAAGGAGAUUACGAAGUCAUAGCCAAAGUUCCCGAACUUCCCGAACGAAAAGACUAUCCCAGAGGCCGGCCCUUGAGCGCCGAACAAUGGAAAAAUUUACAAAACCACGAAGGUAAAAUCGAGGAUGUUGAGCAAAUCAAACUCAUGAUAUUCCGAGGUGGAGUGGCGCCCAAUUUGCGCUACGAAGUGUGGAAAUACCUCCUGGACUAUUUCCCCUGGAACAGCACUCAAGCCGAACGUCAGAAAUUAUUAUGCGAAAAAAACGACGAGUAUUACAACAUGAAGCUCCAAUGGAAACGAAUGACCAAAGUCCAAGAAGACAACUUCUCGGACUAUCGCGAGCGCAAAAAUCUGAUCGAAAAAGACGUAAAUCGGACGGACAGGACGAUGGAUUUUUACGCCGGGGAUAACAACCCGAACUUGCAGCUGCUCUACGAUAUUCUUAUGACCUACAUUAUGUACAACUUUGACCUAGGCUACGUCCAAGGCAUGAGCGACUUGCUCUCGCCCAUUUUACACCUCCUCAAGAACGAAGUCGAUGCCUUUUGGUGCUUUGUGGGUUUCAUGAAUAAAAUUAGCUCCAACUUCGACAUAGACCAGGCUGGGAUGAAAGAACAGCUCCAGAACUUGCACACUUUGCUCGGCUUCAUUGAACCACAACUCGUCAAUUACUUGGAUAAGCACGACUCAGGAAACAUGUUCUUCUGUUUCCGGUGGCUUCUAGUUUGGUUCAAACGAGAAUUGAGCUAUGACGAUGUGAUGCGUUUGUGGGAAGUCCUCUGGACUGGACUUCCAUGCGAAAAUUUCCAUUUGCUAGUCUGUGUUGCGAUUUUAGAAACGGAAAAACAAGCACUCAUGGAAAAUAAUUACGGCUUCACCGAAAUUCUAAAGCACAUUAACGAUCUCUGUGGAAAACUGGACGUCGCUGCUGUUUUAGUCAAAGCUGAGGGGAUUUUUCACCAAAUCAAAGAAGCGGAACAUUUGACGGACAAUAUUCGCAUGAUUUUGGGGCUUCCCCUUGUGGGGGUGCAACAAUGUCCCGAGGAAAUUCUAAGUACAAGUCCCGACAGUCCAGAUGAGGAUCUCUAUGAGCGAGUUUAUGACUCAAUGCAACACGUUAUGACUUAGUAGUGUUUGUACUUUUGUAGGAAGGCUAGGUGUACAAGAGCUCAUUAUUUAAUGAUUGCAAAUUGUUAUUAUGUGUUUUAUCAAUUCUUCGAAUUUUAUUGCUUUUAGAAGAGUUUUGGCAACGUAUAUUGUACUUUUAUGGCAAAUAAAUAUUUUUUAUGAAA